UAGUUGACUUGCUAAAUCUUUCUGUUUACGAACUAACUUUCAAAACCAGUUAUUGCACUGAGCUACAUGGAAACAGAAAGUACCAAAGUAUGAGCGAAACUUUUUAGUGACACGUCAGAUAUUUUCCAUUUUAAAAGACAUUUUAAUUAAAUUUAAUAUUUUAUGAAACAAUUAACCACUUGUUAACUGCAAUGAAAACAUCUGAUGGAAGUGAACUCAAAAUUAAGAGUAAUGCCGAAAAAGUUAAGCCUGUAAAAAAAGAUCAGAUAUUUAAGAAACAAGCGCCAAACUUGUUGCCUCGUCUGAAUUUAGUUGUCUCACAUUCUGUAUGUAUGUACAUUGUAUGUGUAUUCUUACAUCUCUGUCAAAAAUUUACGGAUAACCUGACAGAAAGUUAUUGAGGACAUUCUACAUUAUGUGAAUCUUAAAUUUAAACUUCAUUUGCGAACUAUCAAAGAGACCAUAAUCCAACAAUAUAAUUUACAACACAACAAAGAGAUUCAAAAUAAAUGGAUGACAUUUGGAGCAAUUAUAAUUUUAACCAUUUGCACGCGUUAUUACAAAGUCACAGAACCUGAACAUGUGUGCUGGGAUGAAACACAUUUUGGGAAAAUGGGUAGCUGGUAUAUUAAUAGAACAUUUUUCUUCGACGUUCAUCCACCAUUGGGAAAGAUGCUUAUUGGACUCUCUGGCUACUUAACUGGGUAUAAUGGCACAUAUCCCUUUGAAAAACCUGGAGAUAAAUAUAACGGUACUCACUAUGAAGGAAUGCGAUAUUUUUGUACAACCUUAGGGGCACUUAUAAUGCCCAUGGCUUUUGACACAGUCUAUGAUAUGACGCAAUCUUGGGAAGCUGCAGUGAUAUCUUCACUUUAUUUAAUAUUUGAUGUGGGUCUCUUAACUCUAAAUCAAUACAUUCUGCUUGACCCGAUUCUGCUUUUUUUCUUGACUGCUUCCGUUUGGGGAAUGACCAAGAUAUCGAGCCUUACGAUAGCUGAAAAAUCGUAUACCCGUUCUUGGUGGGUUUGGCUAUCCUUUACCGGUACUAUGUUAGCUUGUGCGACAAGUACGAAGUUCGUAGGCCUCUUUGUUGUAAUGCUCGUGGGUUUGCACACAAUUCAUCAACUUUGGAUAAUAUUUGGAGAUAUGGAAAAACCAAUUAUGGAGACUGUUAAACAAAUUGCUUGUCGAACAAUUACCUUGAUUCUAUGGCCAAUUAUUUUGUAUAUGUGCUUCUUUUACGUUCAUCUGACUGUAUUGAAUCGGAGUGGAAAUGGUGAUGGCUUCUACAGUUCUGCUUUUCAAUCACGCUUAAUUGGAAAUUCGUUGUAUAAUGUCAGUAUGCCGCGAGAUGUGACAUAUGGUGCCGUUGUAACCAUUAAAAAUCAUAAGACUGGAGGAGGUUAUCUACAUUCCCACUAUCACUUAUACCCGAAAGGUGCUGGAGCCAGGCAACAACAGGUAACUACUUAUACGCACAAGGAUGAUAAUAAUAAAUGGCUUAUAAAACCUUACAACAAAGAUUCAUUUGUUAACAUAAAAUAUGUUUCGCAUGGUGACCUUAUAAGACUAGAGCAUGUUGCUACGAGACGAAAUUUACACUCGCACGGUGAACCAGCACCAAUCACCAAAAGACACCUACAAAUAACAGGAUACGGAGAGGAUGGCCAGGGGGAUGCAAAUGAUAUUUGGCAAGUUAUAUUAGUUGAUGGUAAGAAAAACGCCAGUGUUAAAGCCGUUACAACAAAGUUUGUGUUACUUCAUUACCUGCAAAAUUGUGCUCUGACUACCAGCGGAAAACAACUACCGAAGUGGGGAUUUGAACAACAAGAGGUUUCUUGUAAUCCUAACCUCAGAGAUAAAAAUGCAUUCUGGAAUGUCGAAGAUAAUCGCAACGAGAAAUUACCAAGUGUCAAUCUCAACAUGUAUGCGCCAAAUUUUUUUUCAAGAUUUAUGGAAUCUCAUGCAGUAAUGUUUCAAGGAAACGCUGGACUUAAGCCGAAGGAGGGAGAACUGACAAGUAAACCUUGGCAAUGGCCUGUAAACUAUCGGGGACAAUACUUUUCUGGAAGCUCUUACCGUAUAUAUCUGCUUGGAAAUCCUAUAAUUUGGUGGAGUAAUCUGGUUUUCCUAAUAUUAUUUUUAUUGGUUUCAUCAAUCACCAUUAUCAAACAACGGCGUUUAGAUGGCCGGCGAUUAUUAGAACGGGCUGCAAUACCUCCAUUAUACAGCGAUGAAUCUACAUAUUCAAAUGACGCGAGAAAAACACAACGAAAAUCAUUGAACGCAGCCUUUUGGCUUUUCAUUGGAUGGGUUACGCAUUAUAUACCUUUUUGGACAAUGGGUCGAAUUCUGUACUUCCAUCACUAUUUUCCAGCCUUAAUUUUUAACUCGAUGUUGGCAGGUGUUAUGUUUAAAUAUUUAUCAACCUACUUGCCGAAAUGGAUGCAGCACACACUGCUUGGUGGAAUGAUCUCAGGACUAGCAUAUAGUUUUAAAUUAUUCUCGCCCCUUGCCUACGGCAUGAGCGGACCUUUGGCCAAUGAACCUAACUCCACAAUGUAUGGGCUUAGAUGGCUUUCAUCAUGGGAAUUUUAAUUUAUUUUACUCAAGCUUUCAUUGGGAAUUGUAGCGAAAAUAAAGAAUAUGAUAAGUUAUUA